AGUCAGUCAGUUAGUUGAGUUGAAUAGCUCAACACAGAACCAUGGAGGCAUACGUGAAUUAAGACGAUGGCCGUAAAGAUUACAAUAUUAUAAUAUGUAUUGGAUGUUAUACAUGUAGUGUAGUUUAAUGUUUGUUACCGUCUUGCUGAAUUAAAGAAGUCCAAUCCACAGUUAUUAGAUGAUCUGAUUAUGUUACAACUCUCAAAUGAAAUUGAGUUAUGUGUUUAUAUAUAUAAAAAAGCAGUGAUAAUUUGGUAAAAUUACCAUUGUCAAAAUAUCCAUCAAAUACUAUCUUGUUUAUGACGUAUGUUUGGUAGACCAAAUAAGGUAAUGGAUGUUCUCCAUAUUUGCGAAGGAAAUUAACUCAAGGUCAGUCUAUGACGUAAAAGAAUUGGGGCGUUAUAAAAGAGGGUGUUGAGCGAAAUUUAGGAGAGCUAACCCAGCUCCGAGCAGUCAUCAAAACUAUAUACAAGUUAUUGAGAACGAGGAACAUUGAUGCAAAACAGUUUUAAUAAUAAGUUGUAGGAACGAACUAACCUGUAGUUAUAUUUACGAUCACAAAGGAAACAACAAAGAAUUCCGGUGUGAUUGCUACAGUUGGUAACCUAAUGGUGCUGACAAUGUUUUGUAGAGAAAAACAACUUAGAAGGAAGCCACAUAAUCUUCUUUUGCUGAAUCUGGCUAUAGCUGAUAUAGGAAUAUCCGUGUUCGGUUAUCCUAUGACAACUGCUUCCAAUUUCGCUAAAAGAUAUUUAUUUGGAACCACGGGAUGUAUGAUUCAAGGGUUUGCAACAUUCACGUUAGCCCAAACUGAUAUGAAUACCUUAGCCUGUUUGAGUGCCUACCGUUAUAUUAGUGUUUGCAAACCUCAAUACAUUUACAAGUUGGACAUAAAGUUCACUAAAUGGGUAAUAGCCUUCAUGUGGAUAUACUCUAUAAUUUGGACGGCUCCGCCAUUAUUUGGAUGGAGUUCCUAUACUUUUGAGCCUUUUGGAACAUCAUGCAGCAUAGAUUGGGCAAAUCGUAGUACAGCAGCUGUUGUGUAUACCUGGUGUUUGGUUGUAUUCUGUUACCUCCUCCACGUCUUCAUUAUGAUAUUUUGCUACACCAGUGUAUGUACAAGGGCAAAGGAAAUCCAGAAUAGUCUUGAAAUGUCCACGAUUAAACCCAUGGGUGGGGAGGAUAUAACUUGCUGUAAAAAAUUAGAAGUUGAAAAACACGUUACCUGGAUAUGUCUGCUAAUGACAGGAACGUUUACCAUUCUCUGGUCACCUUAUACGUUUGUGUGUCUUUGGUCUGUCUAUGAUGCUAAUCUACCAAUAUGGAUCACCACCUGGCCAACCAUGUUUGCUAAAGCUUCUUGUAUGAUUAAUCCGAUCAUCUAUUACCUGAGUAAUCCAUUAUUCAGGAAAUGUGCUGGAAGACUUUUAAGCUGCCAAUUCCGUCACAGAGAAAUCGUUAGACCAAGAUACAGGUAUAGAGUUAAUAAACAAUCAAGUGGCGGCAUGGUCAACCGUGAAACAAAUCAAGUAGAAACUCAUUUCUUAUAAAAUUGUUUCAUAUACAUGUAGGGAACAAACAACAACAGACUGGGACCAUUACCUUUCAAACUAACCAUCCUAACUCAUAAAUCUUUACAGAGAGAGAGAGAGAGAGAGAGAGAACUAACAUAUGGUUCAAUUGUAUUUUAAUAAUUCGCUUAUGCUUAGGGGUUUUAAGCAGCCGGGUGGGGGACUGGAGGAAACCCACUAAGUUGACCUGGUGAUCCUACUCCACGUACCAGCGGGAAAUCGAAACCACACCACUCUGCUGAAUAACAGACCUUAUAAUCUAACGCGCACGCCCUAAACCAUUCGGAAACACAAACCCCAUCCCCCUCCCCCAAAUCUUUAAAGAAUAACUGGUGUAUGUAUAUGGUCUUGGUGGAUGGGGAUGGUUUUUCAAAUAAAUUGAAGUAUUCUAUUCUUUCAUUCUUAAUUCAUCCGUUAAUGUCCCGAUUUUAUAUCGCUACAUAGACAAUGUGAAUGUACACUCAAUCAAUAAACUAUAUUUAUGAAAA